AUGGACUUCUGUAGAGCGGCUAGAAGGGAUAGCGCACUUAGCUACAAUCAUCUGGAGAUUAACUGGUCCACGUUUCGGGGUCUUCUAUCGCUGCAGAGGCUUCAGCUAAAGUCAAACCAAAUCCGAUCGCUGCAGGACGGCGUCUUCUAUGUCAUGCGGAACAUUGAGAGCAUCGAGCUGGAUCACAACCAAAUCAGUUCGCUCUCCCGGCAGGGCCUUUUCAACCUGACAAAGCUGCACUACCUCUCGCUGUCGAACAACUCUAUCUCCCGCAUCGAGCUGGACACUUGGGAGUUUACUCAGUCUCUAGAGUCCCUCGAUCUGUCGCACAACUCCAUCAGCGAGUUCAAGCCGCAGCAUUUGGACUGCUUGCAGCGAUUGAAGCAGCUCAAUUUGGCCCACAACAAACUGCAGUAUCUACAGGAAAACACCUUCGAUUGCGUUAAGAAUCUAGAGGAAUUAAAUUUACGUCGCAAUCGUCUGACCUGGAUCAUUGAGGAUCAGAGUGCCGUUGCACCGUUCAAGGCCCUGCGCAAGCUGCGACGCCUCGAUCUGCACGGCAAUAAUUUGAAACAGAUCAGUGGCAAAGCCCUCAGUGGCCUUAAUAACUUGGAGCUGCUGAAUCUAGGCUCGAAUGCUCUCGCCAGCAUCCAGCCGAAUGCGUUCGAGCACAUGCUCCGACUGCAGAAGUUGAUCUUCAAGUCCCUGAACUUCAUUUGCGACUGCGAGCUCAUUUGGUUCCGCCAGUGGCUACAGAGUCACUUUCAUGCAGGCCCCCAGUUACUGGCCACCGUGGUCUGUGGCUAUCCCGAGCAUCUGCUGGAUCGUCAGCUGCUCACACUGACCAACUCGGAGCUGAUAUGUGCUAAUAUUUCCCUUGCUAAAUCGCCGAAACCAAAGCUUAAACAGGAGCCGGACAAUAUGUUGGCCGUGAAGGGUGCCAACAUCACAUUGGAAUGCAUUGCCAGCUCUCCCACAGCCGCCUCACUGGCGGCCGCCGAUGAGCUAAAGAUCAAGUGGCGCCACGACAAUCAGCACAUUCAGGAGCGUCCAGGGGCCCUGCACGAUGGAGCCAGCACAGAGACACAAAUCCAUCACGACCAGAGCACCAAUCAGACCAGCAUCUAUGGAUAUCUACGGCUGACCAAUGUGACCUACGAGAGUGCAGGACGCUUUCAGUGUGUGGUCUCCAAUGCCUUUGGGACGACCUAUGCGCAAAAGUUCAAGAUAUCCAUAGGAAUUCAUCCCAGUUUCAUGCACGUGCCUUCUAACCUCACACUGGACGCCGGCGAAACAGCCAGACUUGUGUGCUCCGCCAGUGGAGACCCUAUGCCGGAGAUAGCUCUGCAAAAGUUUGGGGCCACUGAUUUCCCAGCGGCUACCGAGCGUCGCCUUCAAGUUAUACGCGAGGAAAACGCCUUUCUCAUAACCAACGCCAAGCCCAGCGACUCGGGCAUUUACACGUGCACGGCGGAGAGCGCUGCUGGCGAGAUCAAGGUGAACGCCACGCUGAUGGUGAAUGACAAGCCACAGCAUUCCAUUCCCCUGGUGCAUCAGGAGGUGGUUGUCGGGCGCACGUGUGUGCUUGAGUGCCUCAGUGAGGCAGCGAACGCAGAGCUGGAGCUGGAGCAUCCCCACCGCGAAUGGUUUAAGGAGAACAAGCCGAUCGACAUCUCACCAACGACGGCGGAAGGAGAGCGCUACUACUUUACGAGCAGCAAGGAACUGCUCGUGAUUCUGAACGCCCAAUCGAAUGAUGCGGGACACUAUCGCUGCGAGAUUACGGACAAUUCGCGCACUCUCACCCUGCAGUCGGAGCUGGUGGUGGUCAAGGAGAAUCUCAAUUGGGAUGUUCUGCUGCUGGGUAUAGUCCUGCUGACUGUGACCUGCGUCCUGGUCGAUUGCUGCAUCAUUUGGUGCACCCUGCGCUACCAGAAGCGAAAGUUCCUGCUGAGCCUUGCUGCCGAACGGCUGGCAGCGCGCACCCACGCCAGUCAGCACUCCACUCUGGACAAGGAUCAAACCCAUUUGACAACGUUGAAUCGCACCAUGCUGAGGCCCCACCAGUCCCAGCUUGUUCUAGAUGGUAUUCCUUCCCAGCAGCAGCCAGCGCAACUGCGACCGCGCAGUCUCGAUCUGGGAUGCGGCGAUAGCCAGGGGGGGGCUCACAGUCGACUUAUUGUGACCACAACGCCUUCGUAUGAGCAACGCUGCCUGGAGCAGGGUCUGACGCUCAGCUAUCUGCAGCAAACCGACUUAGAGGCACAGCAGGAUCAUCUGUCCAGCAAGGAUUCGGGUACUGGCUCGGAUGCGGCAGUCAAGCGCAGCCUGGAGGACUUUGCCGUGGCCAUGAGCACCAGGCAUAAGAAUCACCCGCACACAGAUGACGAAGAAGAUGGAGACAAUGAUCUGCAAUAUGCUCCCACACGAGCUCUGGGCAUCUCAGAGUACCGAGUGGCCGACGCCGAUCAGCAGCAUUUCCUGCAAAACAACAAUCACAACUACGAUGGGGGCGGUGGUGCAGGUGCGGGUGGUGGUGGUGUGGCAGGUGCAGCACCUAAAGUGCUUCCACGUAAAUGCAGCGCCGGUGCUGGUGCCGGUGUCAGUGGAAGUGCUGCCAGCAGUUACAACGCCAUUCAGCAGGCCACCACAGUGGACAUCUAAGAGAAGGCUAAACCAAAUUAAGAAAGCAGCAAAAUAUAUACCAAAA